AUGAGAAUAAUCAUUAAGGGUGGAAUCUGGAAAAACACUGAAGACGAGAUUUUAAAAGCUGCCGUAAGCAAAUAUGGCAAAAAUCAAUGGGCCCGUAUCUCAUCCUUGCUAGUUAGAAAGUCACCAAAACAAUGUAAAGCAAGGUGGUAUGAAUGGCUGGAUCCUAGUAUAAAAAAAACUGAAUGGUCGAAAGAAGAAGAUGAAAAACUUCUUCAUUUAGCAAAAUUGAUGCCAACACAAUGGCGGACCAUUGCUCCAAUCGUUGGAAGAACGCCAUCACAAUGUCUUGAAAGGUAUCAGAGAUUGCUUGAUGAAGCAGAAGCUAAAGAAGGGUUGGAUUUGACUGGGCCAGCAGGUGAUACAGGUCCGAGUGCUGACGAUGUUCGAAGACUUAGACCUGGAGAGAUUGAUCCUGAUCCAGAAACAAAACCUGCAAGACCCGAUCCUGUUGAUAUGGAUGAGGAUGAAAAGGAAAUGUUAUCAGAGGCCCGUGCUCGGUUGGCUAAUACUCAAGGCAAAAAAGCGAAGCGAAAGGCACGUGAAAAGCAACUAGAAGAAGCUCGACGUCUUGCUUCUCUACAAAAAAGACGUGAAUUAAAGGCCGCUGGUAUUGAAUUGAAAAUGAAAAAAAAGAAAAAGGGAAUGGAUUAUAAUGCAGACAUACCAUUUGAAAAAAAACCAGCAUUGGGAUUUUAUGAUACUACUGAAGAAAAAAAUCGGCAACCGGAAAUGAGUCUCACCAACGUUCACCUUCACAAAUUAGAAGGGAAACGAAGAUCAGAAAUUGCAGAAGAAAAAAGGAAGAAAAAACAAAAAACCAACAAGGAUGAAGCCGAAGGUGGCUUCAUUAAUUUUGUACCUGCAAGAAAUGCACAAUUGAAUAAAUUAAAAGAGGCAGAACAAAUUAACAAACGAAGAAAGUUAAUUCUUCCUGCGCCACAAGUUGGUGAAACUGAACUUGAGGAGAUUGUAAAAAUUGGGUUUGCUGGUCAAAACGUUAAAGCAGUCGUAGGCGAAGCGGAUAAUAUUUCAUCACUUACAGAUUACACUCCCUCUAACCCUGGCCUGCCAUUGAGGACACCGAGAACACCAAGGACAGUAGCCGGUUCGACACAAACACCAAGGACACCAGGAACUCUCCUUUCACUUAGGACACCAAGAACACCAGCAGCUGUCGAUACUGCGACUAUUAAACAGCUUAGAGCAGGAUUGCUAAAUUUGCCUGCACCAAAAAAUGAUUUUGAAAUUGUUUUACCUGACGUCGAAGGGAAAGAAGAACUUAAAGAUGACAUUGAAGGAAUAGAAGAAGAUGCUAGUGACAGGGAUAAAAAAUUGAAGGCUUUACAACAAGCAGAAGAAAUGGCUCGUCUUAGACGCAGGUCUCAAGCUGUACAGCGUGAUCUUCCUCGACCAAUUAACGUCAAUUCAGUUCUUGAUACUUCACUCGAAGACGCUCUUGAUAGUGAUUCUGAAAUCCAAAAGCUCGUCGAUAUUGAAAUGAUCAAGUUAUUACAGCGUGACGCGGCAAUGCAUCCGGUUCAUGGAAGUAAACCGGAAAACUUGGAUUUAGAAUCAUUUGAAGAAUUUCCUGAUGAAUUGAUUGAUCAGGUGAAGAAAGAAAUAGAUUUAGAACUUACAAAGGUUACCAAUGAACUUUCCAAUGAAGAUUUUGAUGAAAUAUGGUCCCAAAUUAAUAACACGCUCGAAACAAACCAAUUUCGCAAUCAAUUUGAAACUAAUCGUAAUUUGAUGAUUAAAGAAGCCACAAAGGCUGCUAAAUUGGAGAAAAAACUAAAUAUCAUAUUGGGUGGUUAUGCUGCCCGAUCUCAAACUCUUUCAAAGAAUAUUUCUGAGACAUUUGACGAAAUUGAACAAGCAAAAAUCGAACUCGACUCUUUUCAAUCUUUAAGUAUCUCAGAAGAGGAAGCAAUACCAAAACGUAUUCAGUCCCUUCAAAAUGAGGUUGAUUAUCUUAUAAAACGCGAAUCGGAACUUCAGCAACGAUAUUCGAGUCUUUCAACUGAAAGGCAGGAUAUUCUAGAGAGUAUCAAUGCUUAG